AUGUUUGAAAGAAGGAAAAAGGAAAGGGAAAUGGAUAUGGAAAGAGCAAGAUAAAAUGUAAGCAUCAACAAUAGAUCUAAUAAUAAUUCUUCAAUAAAAAAUCAUCAUGAAAAGCAUGUCACUAUCAAUGAUAAUGCUUCUACUUAUGAGUUUAAUGACAGAGAAACGUAUAAUUAAAAACCAUUCAGUCCCAAUAAUGACUUAGAUUCAGAACUUAAUGAAAGAAUGGAUGUGUAGAGUGAAAGUUCUAAUUAACAAAAAAUGUAUCAAACACCUAACAAUAACUUAUCAAAGUCACAGAAAAAUCUAAAAACAAUAAAUGAGCGUACGGGUACGAAAAGUCUAAUGGAUUACUCUUAAACUCCAUAACCUGCAAAGAAUCAUUUUAAUACUAUGAAAAAUAUGCCUAAUCCUCUGUUUGGAGAAUCGGAGGGUGACUACAAAAGGCGCAUAAUGAACGAGGAGUAUAGGGAAUAUGCUAAAAAAUCAAUGGAGCGUAGCAGAGACAGAAGUACUUCAAAACGAAUGUCUCGACACAUUUAAAAGCGUCAAGAAGCAUAGAGUAAAUCACCAACAAGUGAAGUAAAUAUUUACUCUUAGAAACAGAGAUACAAGUACUCCUACUUCAAUCAGUUACAAAAUAACUAACAAAAUAAUAAUAACAUCAAUAACAAUUAUGACUAUAACUACUAAAGUGCUCCCAGACCAAAUGACUAUUAGUCACUUUAAGACAGAAAGUUUAAAAAAGUAGAGGAAGAUGAAGAUUAUCCAGCAUCUGGGUAUAUACUUAAAACUGAUCCUAGACAAGUAUUAAUGCAAAAGGAAAUUCAAAAGCAAGAAUAUAGCAAAGCUUUAAGGGAGUAAAUGGAGGAAAAUUAGCAAAGAAAACAAUAGCAACGAGUAAAAUAAGUUCAUUACGAAAAUGAAUAUGUGGGAGAGUUUGGAAAUACAAGAGGAGGUGGUGGAGCCCCUAUUAGAGAUCAGUAUGGAAAUGUACUUACGACUAGACAUAACGGUAAUGGAAGUUAGAGUGAAUACAAUAACAAUGGGAGUUUAAAUAAUAGUGCAAUUCACAAUGAGUCUCAAGUGAAUCUCCCAGUAAAAGGAAAUAAAACUAACAAUAUGAACCAGAAACCAAGAAUACAAUGCUUGAUGGAAAGAAAAUAAGAUUUAAAAAUGAAGAAGAAAAUAGAUGAAGAGAUGGAUGAAGAAAGAGUUCAUAGGUAAAUAAGAGAAAUUAAUGAUGAGACUCUCAAGGAGAAGCAAUCAAGAGCAUCUUUCAAGAGAAAUCCAUCCCCUAUUAAUACUCCUAGGAGACCACAGAUUAAUGAUUAAAUAACUGACAAUCAUGUGGCCCCUCAAAGGGAGUUGAUGAGAAGUUAGAUUACUCAAAGAAGAGAUGGUGAUACAAGCUUUGAUUCUCAUAAUCAGCCUAAUAACAACUUAAACAUCAAUAAUUAUAACAACCAAGCAAAUAACAACAAUAGAAUGGUAAAUGACAGUUACCAAUCACAUCAAAAUAACUUAAAUUUAAGAAGUGAAAGGGAUUAGUAUGAGAAUUAAAUUGAUAGAUCUCUUUAUAAUCUCAGGAAUGAGGCUACUUAGACAUAAAGAGACACAAAUAGAGCGCUGGACAGACUUAAUCAAAUUCAGUCCGAAAUGUAUCUCAAGUAAAGAUAGAGCGAAUUGCAAUCUCAAGAGUUCUAUAAUGAAAUGAUGAAUCAAAGCAAAGUAAUGCUUUCAAGUAUUAAGUAUAACAAUCCUUAGCUUUAUCCCUUUGACUAAGUUCUUAGUUAAUCCCGUAGUGUCUACUCAAACUUACCUUUACCCAACCUUGGUAGAAGCAUUAUUGGAGGCAUGAAAGGCAUCGAAUCUGAAUUCCUAGUGCCUAGAAACUAAAACUUGGAAUUAAGAUCUGAUAUAAAUAAUUCAUUUAAGGGUGAGAAUGGACCUGUAAGCACUUAAUCCGCGAAUGAUGAAAUUGAUGAACUUAUUAAUAGAUUCUGA